AUGAAGAAACUCCGGAUCCCUCUCUCUUGUGGACGCUUUGUGACUGUUUUCUCCAUCUAUGCUCCCACACUCUCAGCAAAUGAAGAAAAUAUCCAUGCAUUCUAUGAGGAACUUAGAAGUAGUAUCCUCUCAGUCCCUCUGAAUGAGAAGUUGGUUGUGCUCGGCGACUUCGAUGCACGUGUUGGCAGCGACAAUAGUGCUUGGAAUAUACUUGGGCGGUAUGGAAUAGGUAAGGUGAACAAAAAUGGCUUACACCUGCUACAAAUGUGCUCUGAACUAGGGUUGGCUGUUGGGAACACAUUUUUGCCCCAUAAGCUGAAACAUAAAGUCACCUGGAUUCAUCCAAAAUCAAAGCAAGGUCACAUUAUUGACCUUGUAUUAACUCGGAUAUCUGACCUACAGGAUUUGUGUAGUCUCAGAGUAUUGCGAGGAGCUGAUUGUGAUACUGAUCACAAAAUGGUUAGGGCUAAGUUCAAAUUCAGGGUUCGUACAAGAAAGCGCAGUGCAGGUGUGCAAGUCCCCCAAAGAAUUUAUGUAGGACAACAUAAACAGCCACAGGUCUCACAGCUAUUUCGGGAUAGAGGCAGUAAUAUUUAUUUUGAAGGUUCAUGGCAAUCUUUUCGAGAAGGAUUAUAUAAGGCUGGAGCGGAUGUGCUGGGUUUUAAGAGGAGACAACAUAGAGAUUGGUUUGACUCCAAUGAUGCAAUGGUAAAUGAGCUACUGGCAACGAAGAGGUCUACUUAUGAAAAACUUCUUAACCCAAACAUUAAGGGCAAAGAAAAACUAGAAAAGGUAUACAGAGCGCAGAAAGCAGAACUGCAAAAGGAAUUAAGGAGGCUCAAAAAUACCUGUUGGAGCAAUUUGUCUGAGGGAAUACAGGCAUCUUAUGAAAGGAAAGACAUUAAAAACUUGUACGGCUUAUUUCGACAAGCUUUUGGACCGCAGUCCUCAACGUAUGUGCCCUUGAAAUCAAAAGACGGAAAUGAGGUUAUUAAGUGUCUUCCUGGAAUAAUGAGCAGAUGGCGGGAGCAUUUUGCGGAACUUUUCCAUAAUCCAUCUGUAGUGAACAUGGAUGUCAUAAAUAAUAUCCCCCAAAGAGUGAUAAUGCAACACAUGGACGAUGCGCCUUCCAUUGAAGAAGUAAAACUGGCAAUACGGAAACUGAGAUCCAACAAAGCUCCUGUGCUGGAUGGUAUUCCAGCUGAAAUUCUGAAAGCAGGUGGGGAUCACAUAUCCUCCGAAAUUCAUAGCCUGUUGUGUCAAGUUUGGACUGAGUCCUCUGUGCCACAGGAAUGGAUAAACGUCAUUCUAAUCCCUAUAUAA